CAAGUAUUGCUUGCAUAGCUUUCCUCCUCUCUCAAACUUGUAAAGCAACUAACUUAAUUAGUUGCUUGGCGAGUGCUCUCUCCCUCUGUUUCUGUCAUCCCCUAGCUCCUACUUAUACACCUAGUUAAUUUAUCUCAAACUCACUUACUAUGGCGCAAAACAAACUAUUUUUUGCAGUUUUUAUCUUCCUUUCCCUCAUAUUCAUACUAGAAAUCCAGUCUGUUGAGGGAAGGCAUUUGAAGUUUCACUCAGAAAAACUUAAGACCUACAAAAGAUUUUUUGCAAAGGAAACAGAGGAAACAGCAAAGGUUGUUGAGAGCAGAAGUAGCUUGCAUGCUGCUGACAAAAUAAAAGCAGUAAAUGCUGAUGUGCAGUCUCCACCAGCAGCACCAUUGACACCAGGUGCCAUGGCUGGAGCGUCCCAAGCGCCACCACCACGCCAUGUUGAUAACUUCAGGCCUACGGCGCCUGGUCACAGCCCUGGCAUCGGCCAUGGAAUUCAUGACUAGGACAAUUUGCUGAUCAAGAGUAUAAACAAAAAAAAAAGGAGGGAACUAGGACAAGUUAAUUUCUUUGUGGAUUGCUUUAAUUGAUUUAGCACAUGUGUGCUCUCAUUAGUCCACUGUGUUAAAAAGUGCCUAAGUAGUCAUUUGCUUCGUUAUCUAGAUAUCUAGAGCUUUGUCAUUCAUUUCAUCACUUUUUUUUUUUUUCACUAUGCAGUGUUUUUUUUCACAAAUGUGUAUUGGUGUGGAUUCAAUUAGCUUUUGUAAUUGCUUCCAAAUGCUUUAUCUAUCUUCCCUGGAAUUAAUCAUCAUUUCAACU